AUGGACGAUCUCCCACCAGGGUCCCGUCUCGCGGUUGUCCGCUCUCAAGUCGCGAUGGACUCUGAAUCGGAGGAAUCUGGAUCUACUACCCCUACCAACGCAGAUACUGCAAACACAGAGACUGAACCAUUCCCUGAUACUGAGCCAUUCCCUGAAUACAACGAGUCUGAGUGUGAAAUGCUUGCACCUUCUAUCGCAGCCGACAAACGCCUCGAGGAAGCAUGGAUCCAUGCUCUCGGUAAAGCUGCCCAGCAAGAGAUCCGCAUGCUCCAUGUCGACCCCAACAUCGUCCCAUAUUUCCAAAAUGACCCGUCUCACCGCAGCCAAGUCGUCCUCGAACAGCUGCGAGACCUUCUCGCCGACCCGCAAGUGCGUCCUGAGAUUCGAGAGCAAUUCAUUACUAUCAUCAACUCCACUCUCCAGUUUAACCUCGUCAUCUUCCACCAAAGCCCGGAGUUUCUGGCUCCCAAAGAAAUUAGAGAUGCGGAACUUGACCUCGAGACCGUUCUCAACCACAUCGAAUUCAUGGAAGAAAUGCUCAGAGAGCAGCUGCAGACUGCCGAUCAGGCUUUUUACGCCCUGGAGGACAUUUCGAUGGAGGCUACGUCGGCCUACGAGCGCCUCUGCAAGAUGGCCACUGUGUUCACUAGGAGCAUGAAAAAGCCCCGUUACCUUGAACAACGACUGCUUGCUUUGUACAUGGACAUGUAUGAGGAAUGGAUCCACAAUCCUUUCUUUCUUCUGCGCAGCCGUCAACUCCUGAACGAACAAGACCCCAGCCUCGCCCGCACAAAGCUCUCGCGCCGUGUCCUGGUCAUCUGGGAACUGAUGAACAGCUGCAUCGAAAGCUACGGCACCUUGACCUGGCUCACUCUCGAGACCAAACGACUGUACUUUACGCCAAUGAUGGAUUAUCUUUGUGACUCGCCAGAGAUCUGGGAGCACUGCUGGGAUCGAUACCAAGCACUCGAGAAGGAUCGGCUUCGGUCAGCUGGGCAGGAUUCGUCUCAAUAUGCCACCAUCUGA